GGCACUUCAUGCUCUACGGACAACAAGACCCCCCUCCACCUCCAAAGACAGAUAGUGGAUGCACCGGCACUUCGUGCUCUACGGACAACAAGCCCGUCCCUUACAACAAGGCUGGAGGCAUCUCCACAUACUCCAAGACGGAUAGUGAGUGCAGCGGCGAUGACUGCGAGACUGACAACAAGCCCGUCCCUCCACCAGGUGCACCAAAGUGCACCGGCGAUUCCUGCAACACGGACAACAAGCCCGUCCCUCCACCAGGUGCACCAAAGUGCACCGGCGAUUCCUGCAACCCGGACAACAAGGUCGUCCCUCCACCAGGUCCACCAAAGUGCAUCGGCGACUCCUGCAACACGGACAACAAGGUCGUCCCUCCACCAGGCCCACCAAAGACAAUCACCCCUUACUCUAACAAGGAAGUCAACCCACCGCCAUCCGGCUAUAGCCCCACUGGUCAGGGCUCGAAGAACGACGGCGGAUAUAUCACUUAUGGUACUCUGUUCCCACAAGAAUGGUUUAAUAUCAUCAAUGAAAGAUACACCGUGAAGGAUGUCUCUAACUGCGUCAGCGUUUGCUUGAAUGUGCACUGAGCGAGCGAAUGAGUAGGGAUGUGUGUGAGGGUGUGUGUGUGUGUGUACAACAAGCCUGAGGCCAAUUGGGGGUGAUUUACAUGAUACAUGAUGCCAUGAUGCAUUGGAGGGGGAAAAACAAAAAUGGAGAAAAUUGGAUUUUGUUCUUUGUGUUUUUCUUCUUUUCCUUUGUGUUGUGUGUGUGUGUCUGUGUGUGGAGAGAGAGAAACGAAUUAAUGAGGAACACGGUCUUUUUUUUGUAUCAAAUCAGAUAUAGAUGGGGUGGGGGAGGGAGAAGAACUGGCUGAACGAAAGGGGUACUGGUCUUACCAACAUAUACCCUCUCUUCUCUCUCGCUCUCUCUCUCUCCUCUUUCCCUCUGUUUCUGAAGUAUGUAGC